GGUGUUGGAUUCCGGGAUUGGCCCCAUGCGGAGGGGGCACGGAUACAACAUUCAUGAUUAUUUAUAGGGGCAUGGAGCCCGGCUCCCAUGAUGUAGUUUUAUGCGGAUCAACAAGAGCAUUCAUCCUAAUCGGCUCCUAGGCACUUGUGGUCCAUUCGCACAAUGAGAUACUCUUCGCUAGCAGCCACAAUCGCCGGCGCCAGCCUGGCAACCGGUCACACAAUCUUCUUGCAGCUUGAAUCCAAUGGCGUGACGAACCCCGUCUCAUACGGAAUCCGAACCCCGUCCUAUGAUGGACCUAUCACGGACGUAACGUCCAAUGACGUCGCAUGCAACGGUGGUCCUAACCCGACUACACCGUCUGACAAGAUCAUCGAUGUUAAGGCUGGAUCCACCGUUACCGCCAUCUGGCGACACACGUUAACUUCAGGUCCUGACGAUAUCAUGGAUGCCAGCCAUUUGGGACCCACCCUAGCAUAUCUCAAGAAAGUCGAUGAUGCGACAACAGAUAAGGGCUAUGGUAGUGGUUGGUUCAAGAUCCAGCACGAUGGAUACAAUAAUGGUGUCUGGGGAACUUCAAACGUCAUUAAUAACCAGGGCAAGCAGCCGAUUAAGAUUCCUGACUGUCUGCCUGAUGGCCAGUACCUCCUCCGUGCCGAGAUGAUCGCGCUGCACGGUGCUAGUUCCAACCAGGGAGCGCAACUCUAUAUGGAAUGCGCUCAGAUUAAGGUCUCCGGCGGCUCGGCAGCUAAGAGUCCCACGACUUACAGUCUUCCGGGCAUCUACAAACAGAAUGACCCGGGUAUCCUUAUUAACAUCUACUCCAUGAACAAAGACAGCAAAUACACAAUUCCUGGUCCUGAUCCUUUUACCUGCUCGGCCAGUGCUAGUGGUUCGCAAGACACGGUGAAGCCGUCAUCCCCCGCCACGCUGAUAACUUCUACUAAGACCUCUGCCGCGCCUUCAACUCCUACUGCUCCCACAUCUUGCAGUGUAGCGCAGUGGGCGCAGUGCGGUGGCUCUGGCUUCACGGGAUGCACUGCUUGUGCUAGUGGAUUCACUUGCAAGAAACAGGUACGUUCACAUACCCGCAAACACGUAGAAACUGACAUCGCUAACCCGACACUUGACAGAAUGAAUACUAUUCCUAGUGCGCAUGAAGCAAGGCAGGCGAUGAAUAAACAAGGAAGCAAUUAGAAGUAGUAACAUCAUAAUAUUCAUUUCUCACUUCAUACUCGUGCGACUUCUCUAGACGAUAUCACAGUCA